AUGUCCUCCUCCUCGGAUCGCAUCACGCGGCCCCAGGAUCCCGAUGGCCUGGUCCUCGAAGCCUGGGGCCAGGGCCUCAUGCUGGGUUCGUUGCUGGUCAUGGCUGCCGUGACCUUUGCGAACAUGAAGAAGCAUAUCCUCCUGCAUAAAUUGAUUCUCGCCGAGCUCAUCCUCGCCAUGCCCAACGGCACCUUCAUCUUCCCUAAAGACCCCGUUUACGGCUGGUACCAAAGUGUCACUGCCAUCGGGCUCAACAUCUCCUGGUCGCUGCACAACGUCAUCGCCUGGAUGAAGAACAAGCCGUUCCUGUCCCGCCGCGUUUCACUCUUCUACAUCGGCACCGUCAUCCUCGCCCAGCCCUACUGGAUCCUCGAGAUCUACGCCAACUUUGCCUAUUUCAACAACUUCAACAAGAUCUUUCUGACCACCCGGCCGUUGGAGCCCAUCUUUCGUGACCCCUGGUGGGUCUUCACCACCGUCUCCCUCUUCUACACCAUCAAACGCGAAUACAACUUCAGCCUCAAGGAGCUCGUCAGCAUCUCCCCACGCUUCGGCAUCAUGCUCGCCGCCAUGUGUCUCUCCAUCGCCUUCAUGAUCGUCGAUACCUGCAGUGUACUCAACGUUUUUUCCCAUUCCUCCCUGCCAACGGGCAUCGAGCCUUUCUGGAAGCUCUCCUUCAUCUUCAAAUGUCUCUGCGACACCGUCAUCCUCGACGACUUCAAGACCGCCCUCGACCGCAUGCGCGCCUACUGGCUGCGCAAACGCAACAUGGGCGGCGAGAUCCUUCUACACACCGGCGACCAGAACCAGCGCCACCGCCUCGAAGGGAGCAGCCGGCUGCGUCCCACGGACGAGGAGGACGCCCUGGCCAGUAGCGGGAUGGGUAGCGGCGGCGGUCCCUCCCAGCGCAAGUCCGAUUAUAACGUGCCCAAGGUGUAUACGCGGGAACAUGUGCGGACGACUUGA